AUGACACGCAAGGUCGUCUCGUCGCUAGAAGCGUUGAACGAUGGCGGACCGUUACCGAAGCUGGUAGUGUUCGAUCUCGACUACACGCUCUGGCCACUGUGGGUCGACACGCACGUCGACUCGCCUCUGCGUCGACGCGGGAACGACUUUAACAAAGUGUACGAUCGCAACUCGCAGCCUCUGCAGUUCUUCCCGCACGUACCUUCGAUCCUGUUCUGGUUGAAGAGAAGAGGUAUCCCGAUCGCAGCUGCGAGUCGAACCAGUGCCCCCGCGGUCGCGAGACAGGCGCUCAACUGGCUGGUUCUCGUAGACGACUCGAACCUCAUCGAAGGGAAUGAAGCAGCGCAAGGGAACAAGCUGGUGAAAGCGAUAGACUUUUUCGACUACCAAGAGAUCUACCCCGGAAGCAAGAUCACGCAUUUUAGGAAGUUGCACCAGGAUUCAGGCGUCGAGUACGAUGAUAUGGUGUUCUUCGAUGACGAGUAUAGAAACGCCGAGGUGGGGAGCAAGUUGGGAGUGCACUUUGUAGAGGUCGGUCAUCAGGGGACGGAUCUGGGGUUGGUGGAGAAGGCGAUAAGAGAGUGGAGGGCGAAAAAGGCGGCGAGGGCCAAGGCUGAGUUGUAA